AACUAAAACGAAAAAAAGAGAAGACAACAAACAGGCGCUGUGAUAAAAUACGUGUAAUAUUUGUUUUUUUUUUUUGCCUGUGUCAAAUUACAAAUAUAAUAAGCAUAAGAAAUUAGCCAUGGAAACACCCAAUGCAGACGAUUUGCUGCAGUUUCGCGACUAUAGCGUAACUAACAGCGGCGGCGCUCCAGCACAAAUCAAUGUAAACUCGCCAACUCAUGUCAGCGUUGGCGGCGGCGGCGGCAGCGGCCACAACGCACAACGUCAACGUGGUGAUCCUUUAGCGGAUCUUAUCUAUGAUAUGACUAAUUCAGCGCAAGUUAUGUCGGGCGGCAGUGGAGGUGGCGGCGGCAAUGCUGGCAACGCAGACGCUGGCGCUAGCAACGCUGCUGGUCGCGUUUCGUUUCUGACCAUUGAGUACUAUCAGCAGUUCUUCAAUGUGGACACCUACAUGGUGCUGGAGCGCAUUGUCAACUCAAUGAUACCAAAGCGUGCAGCUGCCAACUAUUUGCGCAUGAACAUUGGCGAGAAUCCAGAUCUAUAUGGACCAUUUUGGAUUACCAUAACGCUGAUCUUUUCUAUUGCUAUAAGUGGCAAUCUUGCCAGCUAUUUGCAACAGGCCAACGAUAGCUACUAUUGGCAUUAUAAUUUCCAUUUGGUUUCGUAUGCAGCGUCUUGUAUUUUUCUUUAUGCCAAUAUAUUGCCCGCCGUGCUUUGGGCGCUGUUCAAAUAUAGUCUGAAGCCAGUUGAUGAAGCGGAUGCCGUUGAAAAUGAUAGUGCCAGUUAUACACCCACAUUGCUCUCGCUCAUGUGCAUCUAUGGCUACAGUCUGGCCAUUUACAUACCCGUCUCCAUACUCUGGGUUAUUAAUAUUUCCUUGCUGCAAUGGCUGUUGGUCAUCACCGCUGCUUUGCUUUCGGGCACUGUUUUAAUUGCUGUUCUUACGCCUGCUCUGCGUAAUUCGCAAUAUUCCCUAUUUCUUAUCAUUGGCAUUCUGGCUGCUCAUGUCAUCUUGGCAGCUGGUUUCUUGCUCUACUUUUUCCAUAGUCCCACUGAUGUGGUGGCGGCGGGCGCUAGAGGAACACCAGCGCCUUUGGUUAAGCUUGUUACACAGUCAACCGCUCGAUCGGUGGUGGGGGAUUUGCCCUCUAAUCAGACAGGCUAGUAGUAAAGCAUUCCAAAAAAAAAAUAACAACAA